UGGUCACUUGUUAUCUUAGCGCGAGUGAGAUAACAAACCGGCCUUUUGAGAACCAGUAGGUAACCAGUCUUUAUUCGAGCCAGCGCAGGCGCGGCACGCUUCCAUCGCGCGGUAUUGCAAAAUAAAUAAAAAAAUAAUAAUGUUCCCAUUACGCCGUGUUGUUGGCAACAAGAUCUUGGAGCAAUGGCGGGCCCCAAUUACUGCUGGAGCGAAGGCUCAAGUGAAGACUUACAGCUCGGAAGCAGCCACGCCGCGACCUUUGACCAUGCUGACAGAAGAUGAGCUAGCUAUGAAAGAAACAAUCAGGAAGCUGGCGACUGAACAGAUAGCUCCUCUAGUCAAGAAGAUGGAAGACGAACACAAAAUCGAUGACGGAAUCAGACAAUUGCUCUUCGACAAUGGUGUAAGUGAUCAGUUAAAUACAUAUUAACGAUAUAAGCACAAUUUAUGACUACUUU